UCUCGGCACUCUCUUUAUAUCGCUAUACUGGUCCUUUCCUCACAACCAUCAUGCUCCCUGCUCAGCGCAAGAAGGUUGACAUCAGUAAACUCUCGGACCAGGAGCAGAUCCUUUUCGCCAAGUAUGGAAAACUUCCAACACACAAGAAUGUCUUGAUGAAGAUGCAAAAGGAUCGAAAGUAUUUCGACUCGGGAGAUUAUGCCUUAUCGAAAGCCGGCGUGGCGCCUCAAAGUACAGUGGGUACUGCGAUACCUAAUCCUCAGAAUAUCCCUCACGCUUCGUCCCCUACCAACGGUCAUCAAGGCCUCUCAGUAUCUCCUACAAAUACCACUUGCCCCGUCCUGAAAGAAAGCAGUCUCUCCCAGGAUGAAACCUCUGCGGAUGACCAACCGACAGCCGACCCGGAGUAAUCAGUGUCAGUUUCUUCAGGGAACCUCUACGUUGCUUUCGCUAUCAUACUAUACACUACUCUAGGAAUCCCCGUUCUUAAUUAUUCCUGGCCGAUCGCUAAGCGACGGUCCUGGUGACCCUCCUAUACUUGGACGCAUCAGAUUCAUUGACAUGCGAGGUUACCCGUCCAGUUUGCAACUUAUGUACUUGAAUCUUUUGGAUUCUGUAUGUAUAAAAUAUGGCGAGGCAGAGAAGGAAAGCCUGAAGGGUGGGGAGGUGCCAUGAGACAUUUUCCAUGUAACAUUUGUGUAGAAAUUUUGCG